AUGGGUGCCCCUGCAAUCACCGACGGUGCCAGCCGCCAAUCCAUUCCAGAGAUAACUGCGAAACUGGACUGGGCAGACCUUGUGACGCUAGACUUAUCAGACUUUGAUCGACCAGGCUUCUUCUACCUUGUGAACUUCGGCCUGUCCCAAGAAGAGGUCAACGACCAGUUCUCACUUGCUGCCAAGAUAUUCCAGCUCCCCGAACAGGAGAAACAAAAAUACGAACGAAACCACAGCCUGCCAUGCGGACCACUGGGUUUCCAGCUCAGAGGCAACGGGCCAGGUCAGCGAGAGAACGUUGAACUCUACGAUGAUCCCAAAUGGAACAGCUGCUUCGAAGACAGGCCGCGUCCGCCGCCGUGCGUCGAGUACAAGGAGAGAAUCGAGAAAUUCUGCCGCCACCUUCACUACCACAUCCUCUACCGUCUGCUGGUCUUGACAGCCAUCAUUCUCAAACUUGAGGACGAGGAAGCGCUCUGGAAGCUACACAACGAAGAAGCCAUGUCCAACUGCCACAUGCGAUACAUGCUGCAACACCCUAGCGCAUCCAAGGGAGAGAAAGGCCCCGUUACAGAAACCAUUAGAGGGCAUACAGACUUUGGCACUUUCACCCUUCUCUUCCGCCAGCCGAUUGCUGGACUUCAGAUACGGACGGCAGACAAUUCCUGGAAAUGGGUCAAACCGUACCCAGCCUCCAUCACCGUUAACGUCGCGGAUACCCUCAGCGCAUUGACAGGAGGCUUGCUCAAGUCUUCAAUCCAUCGAGUGAUUCCUCCACCCGAUGACCAGAAGGGCCUUGCCAGGCUGGGAGUGAUCUACUUCUCGCAACCUGGUGAUGAUACUGUGCUCCGACCCAUCGACAGCGGACUUGUGCAAAUCGCGACGAGCAACUCGCCCAUUCCUAUUGAUAAGCAGCUGACGGUCGGGGAGUGGGUCAUGGCGAGGCACAAGGGCUUUCGCGAGGAUGUGACGGGAAAGGUUGGCGCCCAAAUCGUCCAGGGCGUUCAGGUUCCUAUUUAUACAUAG